AUGACGAGCGUGCCAAUGGCAUCGCUAUUUACACCGCCUGCAGCAGAUCAUCCAUUAGCUAAGGUUCCAUUAACAGAAUCGCUCCCCAAGAUGCAUCUCUUCUUGUAUCGAAAUGUCAAGAAGGGACGACGCAUUCGUGAAUCCAUCAUCAAAGGAACUAUGCCUUUAUCAUGCAUAAUCGAUGCUCGUAUGGUUCUCGACAUUUUUCAGCUUCAGCUAGCUUGCAUACGUGCUUUGCUAGCUCAGAGGCAGGACACCAUGAAGACACGUUCGUUAUACUCGGAAAUACUGUUUAAUAUGUCUCCGAGCUCAAAUAUAACAGAGUCUCUGAAGCAAUUUGGAGUUUCAGAUUCAACAUCUUCACUGAUUCUCUUGUUUAUUGGUGAUGAAGCACCAAGUGAUGAGGACGUGGACGUAGCUGACUCUCUAAUACAAGGAAAUCAAGCUUCGAUAUUUGAAUUAGCCGAAUGUUGUGAUACGGAUCUGAUAAAAAAGCUAUACAAGUUGUCAGAUGCACAACAGAGCCGAGACAUUUCAUUGAAGAAUGUUGUGAAUGCUAUGGCGUUGAAAGGAUUCUCCUGA